AGCACUGCGCGAGGAACACUUCUGCCAGCUGUACCAUCCUUCUCUCUGGUCCCUUUGUGUCCCCGUACAGCCCCAACACACAAGAACAUACAUAAGAACACAGGGAAAGUGGGAUAGUGCAGACCGCCCCGUUGUCCUCCUCUAUCAAGGGAUUCAAAGGGAAAGGACGCCCAGCCCAGCCCAAGGCCCCAAGCCCGGCGGGAGCAGCCAUAGUCACAGCACAAGUCGUGAUCGCUAUUUAACAUCCUUGACGGGGGAAGGUCGCCGAAGAAGCCACUCACAGCAUCCCACCUCCCUCAGGACACCUCCAGGACCUGCCAGCCAUUGAGGAGCCCCGCGCCCUCACGCUGCCAGUGCCACCGAGCCCUUCAGCGUGUGCCACCCCUGACCUGACCUGGACGUGUGAUGAUGUGGCCGCCUUGACCUGCCCUGAAGCUGUGCAGGGUGCCAGGGAAGCAGUGCUGCCGGGCCACAGCAGAUGUCCUUGAGCUGCGUCCACGGAGGGGGAGUUGCAGAAUAACUUGAAGCUCCUCACCAAGGCCCAGUAUCCCUGCAGCAGAGUGAGAGGCAUCAGGCUGUCCAUCCUGACACACCACUGAUACUCAACAGCCACACACUACUACACCAUUCAGCCUGGCCUUGUUGACAUCACCAAUACAAUGCCUACUACAACAAGAAAAACUGCAGCUACUCAGUCCACAACAACAGCCUCCUCUGCUGAUAAAUCCCCUCCUGCAUCCUGUGGCUCCACCUCUAUACGGAGCAAGGCAGCAGCACAGCCGGUGGUUCAGCCCUCAAAGAGCACAGCAGGCUCCCUCAAAGCUCCUACGUCCUGUGCCUCUACUACACAGAGCAAGGCAGCAGCACAGCUGGUGGUUCAGCCCUCAAAGAGCACAGCAGGCUCCCCCAAAGCUCCUCCUGCGCCCUGUGCCUCUACUACGCGGAGGAAGGCAGCAGCACAGCCUGUGGUUAGGCCCUCAGAGAGCACAGCAGGCUCCUCAAAAGUUUCUCCUGUGUCCUGUGCUGCUACGCGGAGCAAGGCACAGCCGGUGGUCCACCCCUUCAAGAAGUUUGGCAGGAACCCUCACAUCAAGAAAAUGAAAGCCACGUGCUACAACUGUGAUGAGCAGGUGGCUGGGAGCCUGGCACUCACACACUUGUUCUUUGGCCCAAUCAAGUGCACGGACUGCACGCUUGUCAUUGCGUGGUGCUGUGACUUCCAAGAGUCAUCUCAGUCUACGCAAAAAUGUGCAAACGGUUCCACGCACAAUUUUGCAGAGUGGAAGGAUCAACCGUGGGAGUUCCUUCAGUACUUUGCUCACAGAGAGCUGUCCAUCUCCAAGUUCUGCACAGCUCCACAGGGCUCCACGGAGUAUAAAACUGAGCUGGCCAGUUCCAUCACCUCCUACCUAGAGGCUCUCAGCCCCCUCAAGGACAUCCCACCCUGGAGUACUGUCCUUAACUCUCCGCAUAUCCCGGCGGGGCUCAAUGCGCUCAAGGCAGUCGCCCAGACACCAAGAAUGGCAUACUUAAACACUGCCAUGAAGCUAAAUUUUAGAGCACAGCGUCAGAAAAACAGCCUCAUGGUGUGCCUUCCUGCUCAGGCCACCGGUGCACAGGUCAACGCAACACCAAGAGUUUUGGGGCAGGGAAACACAGGGCCCUCACAGCAGCCAAGGGGACCCCAGAACAGCACAGCAUUUUUAGCCAAGGGCAGCAGCAGCACAGGGCCCAACCGUUCAGCACCCGAGAAGGGCCAGCAGCACCAGCAACCCUCCCCACAGAAAAGGCAGCUACAGAAUGGCACUACAGCUUCAGGUCAGGGCAGCACAGAGCCCCCACUAAAGAAGCAGAAAUUACAACCCCCACAGCAGACACACCCACAGAAUGCUACAACAGCUUCAGCUCAGGGCGGCGCAGGGAUCACCACCUCACUAACAAGGAAACAGAGCUUACAACCCACACAGCAGGCUAAGGAACCACAGCGCGCCACCACAGUUUCAGCUCAGGGCAGUGCACGGCUCACCGCCCCACCACUGAUGAAGCAGCAGCAACAACCCUCCCCACAGAAGAGGCAACUGCAGAACAACACAACCACAGCGCCCACUCUUGCCCCUCCACCAAAGAAGAUGUUACAGCCCUCACAGCAGACCCCACAGAGCACCACCAGAGAAGAGAAGCAGGACCAACCCCCACAGAAAUCAAGGCAACUACAGAACACCGCACAGGCCACCACAGGGACCUCACACCUAAAGAAACAGGAGCAACAGAAUGCCGCAAAAUCAGUUUUGAGUCCGGGCAGCACCAAGUUUGUCAGAAUCUUACUGGCCAAGAAGGAGCCCCUAUCCCCACAGAGACCAAGGCCGCUACAGAACACCACCACAGCAGUUUCACUCAAGGACAGCAAAGAGGUCAUCCGGUCAUCGCCCAAGAAGCCACAGUUGCCAAAGUUACAGAUCCUCAAUACUCCACGGCAGUUACCGAACGCUCCUACAAGGUUGACUAAUGGCAGCACCUUACCCCCCAUAAAGCAGGAGCAACCCAGAAACCAAAGGCCUCUAGAGAAAACCAAACAGCCCACCACAGAGACCCCACCACUGAAGAAGCAAGACCAGCCCAGAAAUCAAAGGCCACUAGAGAGAACCACAGAGACCCCACCACAGAAGAAGCAACAGCAGCUCCCACAGAAAUCCCGGCAACUACAGAACACUACACAGCCCACCACAGGGACCCCGCCCCUGAAGAAACAACAGCAGCUUCAACAGAAAUCUCGGCAGCCACAGAACUCCUCAGAGACCCCGCCCCUGAAAAAACAACAGCAGCUUCAACAGAAAUCUCAGCAACCACAGCCCACCACAGAGAUCCCGCCCUUGAAGAAACAACAGCAAACUCCACAGAAAUCGCGGCAACCACAAAAUACCAAAACCGUUUCAAGCCAGGGGAGCAAAAAGCUUGUCACCUCAGAAGGCAAUAAGGACCGGCUACCCCCACAGAAGACAAAGCAACUGCAGAACUCCACAGCCGCGAAGAAGGUGUGUGUCGUGAAGCCGGUAGCCAGGAGAGCAGAGGAAGGCACGGCAAGAAACAAAGGGAACAGUGUCACAAAACCCAAGCCCGUUAAACAGAGGGCUAGUUGUCUCCCCAUGGCCAAAAGGAAAGAAAGCGUUGACCUUGCGACACCUCCGAGCUGGUACUCCGACUUCAUACCCAGCAAGGUGUUGGCGUCGGGGAACUACCUGGUGAUCUUGCACCCAACGCAGACCUGCCCGGAUGAGUGCCCGAAAUGCUACUUCUCCUUCUAUCCUGAAAUGGCCGUCGUUAAUCUCGCCACUUGCGUCACUGACUUAAUGUGCCCUGAGUGCCACCUCAUAGUGUACUUGGUGCCGAAAGCGUAUUAUGAUUAAAGCGGAAGCCUGGUUUGAGGAGUCGGGUCUUUUUUUUUUAUGGGAAAGGAUGCGACUCCUUAAAAAGUAAGAUAACUGUAGAGAGUGGCCAAAAGAGAGGUCAGUUCCGAGUGAGAGAAAACUUGGUGCAAUACAGUUCAAAGUUCGGUGCACUGUCAGCAUUGGCCUCUCGUCAUAUGUUAGUGAUUUUGUGUGUUCAGCUUAUCACCUAAGAGAAUAUGUACAUAAGCCAAAGCCUAGAUCUGCUCACCGCCUCCUUCUCACACACAUUGCACUCACUGCCCAACAUCAUUUUGUCUGCCUUAAUUAAGAGAACAUGUACUUGCCAAAGCCUAGAUCUCCUCACCGCCUCCUCACACACAUCGCACUCACUGCCCAACAUCAUUUUGUCUGCCUUAAUUAAGAGAACAUGUACUUGCCAAGGCCUGGAUCUCCUCAUCUCCUCCUUGCACACUUCACAGUCACUGCCCAAUGUCAGUUUGUCCGCCUUGAGGGACCCACACACGAGAGAGUUUGGGUCGUAUUAUAAGAACACAUAUUUGACAAGGCUUUCGUAGGAGUUGAGGGCAUUUCCAGGGGCAGUUUUAUGACCCUGGUAGUAGUCUGACCCUUCUUCUGUACCAUUAACCUGAAGAAACACUCAUUAGAACCCGACUGACCCCCUCUUUGACCUUUAGAAAUGGCUGAUGUGAGAAGCGAAAGUGUUAUUAUACCGAUCUUAAUGUUUUUCCACUAGCUUCCCGCAGCCACAAUCCGUCUCCACUCGCCACCAGAGACGGUCCUUCCCGCCACACACCUGAGGUCACAUUCUCAACAUCACAGUACCCAAGCACACACACACACACACACACAUUCCACCCAGCUUUCGUAGGCAUUUUGUGCAUUUCCAGGGGCAGUUUUAUGACCCUGGUGGUAGUUUGACCCUUCCUCUGUACCAUGAACCUAAAAAAACACUCAUUAGAACCCGGGUAAUCUUCUUGGUCUAUUCAUGAUCCUUUGCAGCUUUCUCCCCUCUGGUCAGUAAUACAAGACACCUUUUCACAUCAGCUAUUUCUAAAGGUCAAAGAAUGGAUGAAUCAAGCUCUAAUGAGUGUUUCUUUAGGUUCAUGGUACAGAGGAAAGGUUAAACUACCACCAGGGUCAUGAAACUACUCCUGGAAAUGCCCUCAACUCAUAUGAAAGCCUUGUCAAAUAUGUGAACUUGGGCGGCGAAAUGUUUUAACCCGGUAGCAGCGGGGAUGAUGUUUCUUAAUGGUCCCUCUAAGCGAGAAAAAUGAGAAAAAUCAUCACUCACACAAACCAUUUCACAAUAUCAAAGCAUUUCUGAUCAGUUUAUGUAUCAUCUAUUUUGAGGGGUUUAAAUCAUGGCACAAAUUUGGCCCGUCGCUGCUACACGGUAAAGCUACAAAGUUGGCCCAUCGCUGCUACACGGUUAAAAUACAAUGCAUUCUGGCAAAGAUUUUAUCAUCAGCAAAGGAUCUGACACUAAAGACGGCUCUGUAGCUCUCACUCAUGUCUGUUAUUUAUUUUACACACGCACCAUAAGUUUGAUGAGUCUGUUUCCACCAUGACAUGCUUGGGGGUCUCGAGAGGUGCAGCGAGUGACCUGACAGCGCUGGGCAAGGUUUCAUUUUUUUCCAUUAACAAUUUCACCGUCAUAUUUUCUCUCCGUGCUGUUUUCAUGCAUCAUUGGCUUGGUAAUUCAGCAUUCUGCAUUAGAAAAAUACCCAAGAAGAGGAAAUAUACAGUGAACUUUGAUGACGCAAAAUAAACAUUGUAUAAAGAAAAUAAAAUAAAUUGCUACGCUCUUCGCCUCGUGGCUCCAAAGUUCGUGAGUCUAUUUUUUUUGUUGUGCACACCAGUCACAGCGGAUGUUUGUGAGGUCCCCAGCGCUGCCAACAGAGUUUUUACAAAGAGAACGGAGGAAAUCUGAAACGCAUAGGAAACAGAUUUUCCAAGUACAGUCAUCCCUCAAAUAGCACGGUUUCCAAUAGCUCGGUUUUGGUUUUCUGUGGAUUUUCUAAGAUUUUUUAAGGAUUUUUAAAUAUCCCAAUAAGCAGGAAAUUUAAAAAUCCUGAAAGAUCUUCUACGACAAUCCGUAUAUAACAGAAACCGUACUAUUUGAGGGACGACAUUAUAUAUUUAUACUUUCAUAACUUCAUAGAUUUGUUGCAUCGGACUUUGAAAUGAUUCUGACAAACUUUAUUUCAUCGGAGGCUGAGUACGACAGUCUGGCACCGUUGAGUACAGCCCUUAGUGUGGUUGGCAUCAUGGUGUGACAGGGCUAGUCAUAGAACCAUUUCCUUAUGUUCUUAUGUUCUUAUGUUCAUAGUUCUGCCUGUCAUGUUCUUCAGCAUCGCUACUUCCCACAUCGCCAAUGAACAUCGAAAAACAUCAUCUUCCUCCUCACACACUCGAGUUCUGCCGUAACACUUGUAACAGUACACAUGUUUUGUUUUGUUUACUUUGUCAAUAGACUGAAAAUAGUAAAUAAGAAGCUGUUGAUGAUUAAGCUUAACCUGGUAGCAGCGGGGAUCAUGUUUCUUAAUGGUCCCCCCAAGCGAGAAAAUUGAGAAAAAAUCACCCCUCACACAAACCAUUUCAUAAUAUAUAUCAAAGCAUUUGUGAUCAGAUUAUGUAUCAUCUAUUUUUGGGGGUUUGUAUCAUGGCACAAAUUUGACCCGUCGCUGCUACACGGUAAAGCCAUAAAUUUGGCCCAUCGCUGCUAUACAGUAAAGCCAUAAAUUUGGCCCAUCGCUGCUAUACAGUAAAGCCAUAAAUUUGGCCCAUCGCUGCUAUACAGUAAAGCCAUAAAUUUGGCCCAUCGCUGCUACACGGUAAAGCCAUAAAUUUGGCCCGUCGCUGCUACACGGUAAAGCCAUAAAUUUGGCCCAUCGCUGCUACACGGUAAAGCCAUAAAUUUGGCCCGUCGCUGCUACACGGUAAAGCCACAAAUUUGGCCCGUCGCUGCUGCACAGUAAAGCCAUAAAUUUGGCCCGUCGCUGCUAUUAGGUUAAGACAUUACUGUAUCAUUGCAAUUUACAUUUUAUUGUAAGAAACUCAGGUUUUGGUUGAAUGUAUUUAUAUGGAGUAAGCUUCAGGCAGCAACAGUACAAUAUCAAUAGAAAUCCAGUUUUAAUUACUGUACAAAGCUUUAUGUGUUCCCAUGCAGUAAACCCUCCACAUAUUGGACUGUUUGGGGCGACAUCCUUUCUGAAAUGGCCGAGAAUCUCAAUUACUUGAAUAUCAAAAAAUUGUCUGUACCUAAGCAAGGCUGUUCCUGAGUUGGCCAGCAAUUCUGAGUACAGUAAUUCUUGUGUAAAUGGAGGAAGUACUUCUGAGUAAUUUUUGGGAGGUGCAGAAGAGAAGGUCCGGCUAGAUGUAAAUAUAUAUCGCUCCGAGUAGUGUCCUGUGCAGUGGGGCGGCAGCUGAAACGUAAGCACAGGGCAGGCUCGGAAGGGGUCCAAUCUGUUGAGGGUUAACUGUGGAUUGAGUUCCUCGUGUAUACCUGUUUUUACUUCUUGAAAGCAGUGAUGUAUUUUGAAGCCAUACUGUAAUUACUCUACCACGCAGGAAAGGAAACUGGUAGCUAUUUUAUGCAUUUUCUCGUCUUCAGAAGAAGGUUGUAAAUAACGAAUCUCGUAUUAUAUUUACCUAGUUACCUAGUCGUAUUUACCUUGUUGUGACAUACAGGAAAAGAGCUACGAUCGCGCUGUCCCAUCUCCAUAUCCACUCCUGUCGAACUUUUCCUCAAAAUCAUGAAUAUUGCACAAACCACCUCCUCCUUCAGUAUUCCACAGCUCAAUGCUUCUGUUAGGGAGGCUAAACUUUUUCACAUCUCUCCUGCACGUGGUCGCCCUCAACUUCUUUCCAUGUCCUCUCGUUUCUCUCUCGUUCCACACACACGGGUCCUCUCUGUCCAAAUGCUCCACUCCGCUCGCCACCCUGUACACCGCCGUCAGAUCUCCUCUCUCUCUUCUCUCCAGGGUUGUGAGCCCCAUGCUAUUGAAUCUCCUCAUAAGUCCAAUCUCGAAGUUCUGGUACCAUCUUAGUUGCCACUCUGCAGUCUGUCCAGUUUCCUUAUGUUCUUCUUUUCGUGAGGAGACCAGACCACUACUGCGUACUCUAACCUUAUCAUUGUGACUAUUAUUUUCUUCAUCAUCUCCCCAUCCAAGUAGUAUACAAAUGCCGUCCUUAUGUUCCUCAGCAAAUUCAGAGUUUGUCCCGUUAUCCUGUUGAUGUGUGAUGGUGACAGGUUCUCUGAGACAGUCGCUCCCAAUUCAUUUUCCUCCACUUCUCUGUAUGUUAUCUCACUCCCCAUCUUAUAAUCAUAUUCACAUCUUCUGCCGGACUCCAUUUUAUUACAAUUUUUUACUGUUGAAAGGUUGUGUGGGUGUGAUCUGGAUAUGGUACAGAGGAGAAAUAUUACUCUUAUCUAAAUGGACAGAAUAGUGAUUGAUGGAUUGACAUAUGAACAGAGAUGCAGUGCCGUGCCUCCCAUAACCUUAAAUCCUUUGACGGAAGCCCUUGACGUCCUGACCAGCCCUCCGAUAAGGCUGUCAAGGGGCUGGACUUGUCAGUGGUAAGGUCCAGUGAAUGUUAAAGUAACCCCGGUUCGAAGGGGUCAAACACAGUAGGAAUAGACUCUCAGGAAAAGGAGUGGAUUUUUUCUUAUGUAUGUGAUGCUCAUUGUAUAUACUGUGUACAUGGAUGCAAGUUUACUUGAUAAAGAGUUGUAAUAUGAA